AUGAAGUCUACCGUUGUCUUGUUCUUGGGUGCUCUCAUGAGCGUUGGAGCGAUGGCGGCUCCUUAUGGACAGGAAUCCAAGUCCAUCGAGCCAGUCCCUACCACCACUGAGUGUGAGACUGCUACUUGGACUCCCUAUGACUACAACAAGUCGACUGUUCCCUAUGAGCCCUCUCACUCAGCUCCAUAUGGCCACAAGUCAAAGGUCGAGCCUACUACCGUUGCGUACUAUGGCCCUUCUUCUGAGCCAGUUGAGACUACCCUCCCUACUGGUUACUCUUACUCAUCUGGACCUGAGGAAGAACCAACCACCACUGUUACCUCCAUCCUUGAGUCCACUCUCACCGUCUCGCUCUCUACCUAUGAGCCUUAUGGACCUGAAUCUUCCCCCUCCAAGGCUGGGUAUUGGACUACUCUUACUACCACCUCUUGCCCACCUACACCUUCUUCCGAUGGAGUUGCCGGGUAUGUUCCUUACACUCCAACCUUGACUCCUGUUCCGUAUGAGUACACCACUCCGGCUUCUCUCUAUGAACCAGAGACUCCUACCCCAGUUGUCUACCCGACUACUCCUGUCUACUAUCCUCCUAGCAACAAGCCAACCCCCACGGAGUACAACCCAGGUAACAACACUUACCCAACUUCCACUCCUCCCUACGUCCCUCCACCAUACGCUGGAUCUGCUACCAGCCUUGUCAACAAUGGAGGUUUCGUCGGAAUGGUUGCUGGACUUGUCGGGAUGGUCGCCGUCAUGAUCAUCUUGUAA